CCAAAGUUAAUGCAUAUCAUUAAAAAAAAAAAACUCUAAAAAAUCUGUGAAAAUAAGAGUCCUCUUAUUACUUGCUCACUGUCUGGACAAACAGCACCAGGCACCAGCUGGUCUGGUAACUUCAGAAGUCAGAACCAAGCGGCAUUAAACAAACAGUGUAGUUAUACACAAACGUUAAACCAUUACGAACUCUUUUAUUCUCACACGUUAUUUUCCACUCCCUAACUCUUUCUAUCUUCUUUCACUUUCACCCUCUCAUACAUAGGAAGGAACCUUCCUUUUCUUCCAUCUUCUUCUCUCAGUAUCCAUUCUAACUUUCAACGCUGCAUUCAUCAACUCUCCACAACAACAACAAGCCAAAUAAAUGAUACUAAAAACUCUAAUGGAAGAAAAACAGUUAAAUUUUAAUCAGCCAUUUCUAUCGGUAAGGCGAUUCUCAUCAAUAGCAGACUCAGAAGAUGACAAUAAAAGGAAAACUGAUAAGCCAUCAGCGAAACGAUCUUCACUUCCUGCUUACAAAUCAGACUUAAAAUCAGGUCCGGUGAGUAAUCCGGGAACUGUUCCUUUUGUAUGGGAGAAGACUCCUGGAAGACCUAAGAAUGACAGCAAAUUACAACAAACAUGGCCUGUCGAAGGACUUCACAUCGCUCCAAAGCUUCCACCUGGACGAGUUUUAAAAGUUGAACUGCAAGAUUUCGAAAAAGUUACUAAGGGCGCAUCAGUUACUCAAUCCAGAACAGAAAGCACUGUUUCUUACUCUCCGAGUGUUGCAUCUUUGGAUAGUAAAGAGGCAAAUCACGAAAGACGAAAAGAAGUGAUUUUGGAAAAGGGAAGUUCUUGUUCAGAUGAUGAAGAUGAGACCUAUCUAGAUGCUCGUGAUACACUUUCUAGAACUGAAUCAUUCUUCAUGAACUGCAGUGUGAGUGGUAUGAGUGGAUGGGACGAUCAAGAGGUUCGACCAUCUGAAAAUUUUUCGGCCGAUCAACAGGCUCGUGAUUUCAUGAUUGGAAGGUUCUUGCCUGCAGCAAAGGCAAUGGCUUCUGAAACGCCUCAUAUGCAAUACCCGUCAAGGAAGCCAUUUGUUAGACAAGUAGAACAACCUAGACAGGUAAGGAAAGCAGAAAGCGGAGCCAAGUCCCAUCCCUUGGAUCAGAAAUGGCAAAAAGUUUUGCCACAUUAUGCACAAGAUACAAGUUGGGAUGUAAGUGACGAUGAAAGCGAUGUCAACGAUAGAUAUGAAAGCUAUGCUCCCAAAAUUUGUGGACUAUUUCCUCGGUUCUGCCUUUUGAAUCCAUUACCAGGAUUAAGAAUGGAGGAUAAGAUUCUAAAUUCUGCAAUUCAUGGAGUGCAUGGUAAAUCAAUUGCUUCUCACAGAAGAUCUAAAAAGGAGCAUGCAAGGACUGCUAAUUAUAGGGAAAAGUCAGUGGAUUUCCAAUCUGUCUUUACAAAAGAGAAAGAUUUUCUGUGUAUGCAGGAAAAAUCUAAGCAUGUCAUUGAUCCACAUCGAAGAGGUUACGAAAAAUCAUCGGCCUCUGACAGAACUCAAUUUGAAUCAACCUGUGAAAGCCCUGUUGUUGAGAAAACUCUAUAUGUAGAUUCUGUACACAUGGUUUCUUCUGAAAUGGAGUGUCCAAUUGAUCACAGAAAGGAUGAUUUUGAGACUUUAAGAAAAGACCUUAGCAUCGAUAAAAAUCCUUCUGUAGAUUAUUCAAAUGAGGAUAGCAAGCACAUGGUUCUUGUGAAUGAGAAACCGGCAUUACAGCCAAAAGAUUCAGUGUUUCGAGAUUCAUCUCUCGUGGGUUGUUCUGAUAAAUCAAGUGAUGAUAUAAAAUUGAAGAAAAUAACUAAUCAUUCCAACAGAAUAAACACAGAAAAGCAAGGGUUGACCAAACUUGGCUACCAAGUCAGUAAACUAGAUCACGAUUUUAGUGUGAUGUCAAGGUCCGAAAUUUUCGAACACAAGAAAAUAGAGUCGAAAAAUGAAGUUUCAAGCAAUAAAAUAAGCUCCGACGGCCUAAUUCAGAAUCCCGCUCCACGGAGAAACGUGAAAUUGGCUAGUGACUCGGAGUUUGGUUUAAAGAGCCAAGGUGCUGCAAAAUUGGUUGAUCAAGAAUGCACUCAUGUUCAUGACUCUAAUGAAAAUGCUAGUGAUUUGACUAGCUCAAAGAAGGUAGGUGGCAGGAAGAAUGACUUGGAAAACCAACUUCCUAUGAAGCUAGGCCACUUAUCGACAUCAAAUGCAAGCUCUUUGAAGCAUCCUCUAGCUCUUCCUUCGCCAAAAGCUCCUUCAGAGUCUUGGCUUAAACGCACUUUACCAACCGUUUCCUCCAUGAAUAUGCCUUUGCGGUCUAAUCUUGCUGCCAGCAUUCAUGCUCCAGCUCAAACUACCAAUGCAGCAUUACAGGAUCCCAAAUGGGAAAUAAUUGUUAAAUCUUCGAAUGCUCAUCGCGGGCAUCUGCGGUUUGCUGAGGAACUAGCACCGAUUCCGGAAGCUUGAUUUUUCUGAAGAGUGGACUUCUGAUCAUUUUAUUUUGCACUCUGAAUUUUCAACCUUUUUGUCAAUGUAAUUAUUUGCUCUUUGUUUUCCUCCUACAGGUUGGUCUCUUUUUUGCUUCUAUAUACAUAUAUAGGUGGUAUAAAGUUCAAAGCAUAAAUCAAAAUUGUCUUUUUAUCCUGUAAAUAAAAUGUAAUAAGUUGUCAUUAUGUAAAUCACAUCAUCUUAAUAGUGAUAUGUUCCUGCAAUAAUUUGGAGCAAAGGUAUUUUGCCCAAAAAUAACUGUAUCUUUAAAAGAUGCUACAGAAUAAUUUUAUGAUAAUGAUUUCUUCAACUGUAGAGUAAA